GCUGAUGGGCAACUUAUAAAACUUGUGCUCCGCUCAGGCGGGCAUUCUUUUUCUGGAUUUUAGAGAAACAGAGAGGUUCGCGGGACUUAUUGGCCAAUUAUUUAUCAGAGGGAAGGAGCCUCUCAAAAUCUAUUAUCCUUUAUCAUUUAGGUUUAGCGAGUGUAUUGGACAUUGCAGAGAAGAUAGGGGCGCACCAUAAUUUCAUUUGAGGCUCAGGUUUUGUUGAUCAGGGUUUCCAUUCCCAUAGUUUCAAUUGUAGAAAUUAUCUUAUUGCUGUGAUGGGAAUGAUAAAAUAGACUUGUUGCUGAUUGGAAAAUGGACUUCACAGUUGAACCAGUUUGGUCUAGGCGUUCAUUUAAUUUUCGACAUUACUAUUUUGGUUAUAUUCAAGCUUCAGUAGGCAUUGGAGGUGGAGGUGGUUGGGAAAUACAACUCUAAGUCUUGGUGUUGUUGGUAUUUAGAAAUGCAAAGAGGAGAAAUUCAUGUGCAGGCGCAUAUGUCAGGGCAGCUUCCUAAUCAAACUGUUCCCCAGUUAUCUGGGCUGCCACAGCAUAACGGUAGUAACCUACCUUCCCAAAGCCAAGUCUCGGGAAGUUUCCAUGGCACAUGGCAAAAGGAUUCUGACGUUGUCCUAGCACGCAAUUGUAUAAGAAGCAGAAUCUUGCAACUACUCCAAAGGCAGCGAGCAGCUCUUGAAAGGCAGGCGAAGCUUCCUGAUCUUGCGAGGUGCUUGGAGGAAGGCCUAUUCAAGGCUGCCGCAUCUAAGGAGGAGUAUGUGGACUUGCAUACUUUGGAGCUCAGGUUGCAUGCUUUUGUUAAAUCUAAGGGUGCUAAUCGCAAUCAACCAUUAGCUCGCCCAGCUUCUUCUUCCUCUUCCAUUGGUGCAAUGAUACCAAGCCCAGGUAUGCCUCAUGGCAAGGAACAACCAGUGGUCCGUUCUGCUUUUGAUAACUCGGGAAAUGUUGGCAUUGGCUGUAAUAAGAUGGUUCCAAACGCUGUUAGCAUGGAAAGCUCGUCACCUGUUACGAAUAUACCCGCUGUCUUGGCUUAUGGAAAUUCUCUGAAUGCAUCUAAUGGACCUCUACGUACUGGAUAUCGGCAAGCGCACGAUGUUUUUGUUGGUUCUAGAAACAUUUUGGGUUCAUCAAUUGGUAUGCCAACAAUUGCCAGUCGGAUGAUCCCCACUCCUGGAUUGAAUAAUCAGCAAUCUGUGUCUGCUGAUUCUGCAUGUUUUUCUAGUGGGGGGAGUUUUUCCAAUGUUGAUUCUACAUCGGCAUCAGAUCAACAGCAGCCAAAUCAUUAUGUUGGAACUCAAAAUUGCCGCUUGCAUAAUCUCAGUGGGCAAAUUAGAGGAGGCAUGGUGUCCAGCAUGCAGCAAAGGCCUUCUACUCCUGAGUUCCCAAAUGGUGCUAGUGGACAAAUUAGAGGAGGCAUGGUGUCCAGCAUGCAGCAAAGGCCUUCUACUUCUGAGUUCCCAAAUGGUGCUGUGACUGGUGGGCUGCCAUUGAUUGGGAGCAACAUGCAUUUGAUGAACAAUGGGACUGGGCCAUCUGAGAGCUAUAUGAAGGCUUCUAUUUAUGGAAAUUAUCGAAGACCUCAGCAACAGCAUUUUGAUCUGCAUCAUCAACAUCAAUUGAUACAGAGUGAAGGGCCCAUGCUGAGUGCUGCUGUUCUUUCUGGGUCUGGAAAUCUUUGUACUCCUGCUACACGUAUGGCAUCUGCUGUGGGGAAUCAGAGUAUGAGACCUUUGCAGUUGCAGCCUCUGGAGAAUCUUCAGUCACCACAAGAUCAUUUGCUUCAGUCCCAAAAAAUGCAGCAAAAAACCCAGCCAUCGCAGUUUCACCAGCCACCUUCUCAGGCAAACGUACAGAUUGUGCAUCAGCAUCAACAGAGGCCACAAAAUCAGCAUCGCCAAGAGUCAAUCUCAGUGACUGAUGCAUUGACGGAAAUUCAAGUUGCAUCAGAUAAUAGUGGUCAGGUUGUGGCAGAUCAGGGAAUGGAUUUGCCUGUGUUGCAACCACCACAAAAAAUGACCCACUCACAAAAUAACUACCACAACCUUCUUGAUGGAUCACAGGCAGAACAUGCUUCUGACCUGCCAUCACUUGAAAAGCGUAUCCAAGAGGGACAUCACCAACGGAUAGCCGGAGAUGAAGCUCAAAGGCCAAAUCUCCCACUUGAAGGGUCCGUUGAGGAAAGAACUGCCUCUUCUUCGAAAAAUGAACCAGCGCUUGAGGUACCUGCUGGGGCAAGCCGUGGGCCUCCCAAUACAAACAUGGAAUCACGCAAACAGCAAAUUAUUAGGCAACAAUGGUGGCUUCUAUUUUUGCACCAUGCUAGAAAAUGUUUGGCCCCAAAAGGGAAAUGCCGAGAAUCUCAUUGCCUAAAUGUUCAAGAAUUGUUAGCACAUAUUGAAAAGUGUCGGGAAGCUCAGUGUGGUUAUCCUCGUUGCGUCUCUACCAGGGGUCUAUUACGGCAUCAUCAUAGUUGUCGUGCUGCAAAUUGUCCAGUUUGUGCCCCUGUCAAGCACAGGUUAUCACAACAGAAGGCUCUGAGUCAUCCUCUCUCUCAAUCUGGACCACCAAAUGUGAAGAAUAGCACGUGCGAGCCUUUGAGCACCACAGCUCCCAUCAUUAUGACAUCAACGUCUAGUUCUACUCUUGAAGCUUCAGAAGAUACACAACCUCCAUUGAAAAGAGUGAAACUGGAGCAUCCAUCGCCUACUUCUCUUUUGCCGAAGAGUGAUACACCAAUAGUUUCUAUUCCUUCUGUUAAUCAACCCGGGGAUCAAUUGGAUAGACCACCACCAGUGAGUCAUCAAGCCGAAGUGUCUAAGCCUCUUAACUUUGAGUGUGGGUCAGUGAAGUUGCAAUCAUCCACAAGUGCUGUUCGAGAACGUCCUGAUGAACCUAAUGUGGAUAAACAAGCUGACAGAAAGCACAAGGAUGAUCUGAAAACUGAGGAAGGGUAUGGUAUGUCGUGUCAAGUUGUCCUGCAAGCUAAGCAAGAACAGAUUCCUGCUAAGACAGAGACUGGGCCAAUUAAGUGUGAACCCAAACGAGAGACUAUUAUAAAACCAGCUGAGCAUGUGGCAUCAGCUAAAUUGGGGAAGCCAAAGAUCAAGGGUGUCUCACUAACCGAACUUUUUACUCCAGAGCAAAUUAGGGAGCAUAUCACAGGUCUCAGGCAGUGGGUUGGUCAGAGCAAAAGCAAAGCAGAAAAGAACCAGGCUAUGGAACAAUUAAUGGGUGAGAAUUCAUGCCAGCUGUGUGCUGUUGAUAAACUUUCAUUUGAACCGCCUCCUAUAUAUUGCACACCAUGUGGUAUUCGUAUUAAGAGAAAUGCUAUCUAUUAUACCAUGGGAACGGGUGAUACCCGACACUGUUUCUGUAUUCCAUGUUAUAACGAGGGACGUGGGGAGAACCUCGAGGUUGAUGGAUUUAUUGUUUCCAAGGCAAAGCUGGAAAAGAAACGUAAUGAUGAAGAAACUGAAGAAGCAUGGGUUCAAUGUGAUAAAUGUGAAGCUUGGCAGCAUCAGAUAUGUGCCCUUUUCAAUAGUAGAAGGAAUGAAGGUGGGCAAGCUGAAUACAUGUGCCCGAACUGCUAUAUUCAAGUGAUUGAAAGGGGAGAACGGAAGCCCUUACCUCAAAGCGCUGUUCUGGGUGCUAAAGAUUUGCCAAGAACGAACCUCAGCGACCAUAUGGAACAGAGGCUUUUCAGGAAACUGAAGCAAGAGAGACAGGAAAGGGCAAAAGUUCUGGGGAAGAGUUAUGAUGAGGUACCAGGAGCAGAAGCUCUUGUUAUACGAGUUGUGUCAUCUGUUGACAAGAAACUGGAAGUGAAACAACGAUUUCUAGAUAUAUUUCAAGAAGAAAAUUACCCAUCAGAAUUCCCCUACAAAUCCAAGGUCAUUUUGUUGUUCCAAAAGAUUGAGGGUGUAGAGGUUUGCCUUUUUGGUAUGUACAUUCAGGAAUUUGGCUCAGAAUGUCAGUUGCCAAAUCAGCGCCGUAUAUAUCUUUCAUAUCUUGAUUCAGUGAAAUACUUUCGGCCUGAGAUAAAGACGGUGACAGGAGAAGCUCUCCGCACCUUUGUUUAUCAUGAAAUACUGAUUGGGUACCUUGAGUAUUGCAAGAAACGGGGAUUCACUAGUUGUUACAUUUGGGCUUGUCCCCCACCAAAAGGUGAAGACUAUAUUUUAUAUUGCCAUCCUGAGAUACAGAAGACGCCCAAGUCUGAAAAGCUCCGGGAAUGGUACCUUUUAAUGCUACGGAAAGCAGCCAAAGAAAACAUUAUCGUGGGUCAGACUAAUUUGCAUGACCACUUCUUUGAGUGUACUGGUGGAUGUAAGGCGAAGGUAACUGCAGCUCGCUUGCCAUAUUUUGAUGGUGACUACUGGCCAGGUGCUGCAGAGGAUAUGAUCAGUCAAUUUCUACAAGAAGAAGAAGGAAGGAAGCACCAAAAGAAAGGGAAAACAAAAAAGAUUAUUACAAAAAGGACUUUAAGGGCUGCUGGUGCCCUGGGUGAUCUUUCUAGCAAUGCAUCAAAGGAUGCAUUACUAAUGCAUAAACUUGGUGAUAUCAUCCGACCAAUGAAGGAAGAUUUCAUCAUGGUCCACCUGCAGCAUGCAUGCAUUCAUUGUUGCCAUCUCAUGGUGUCUGGAAAACGUUGGGUUUGCAAGCAGUGUGAAAAUUUUCAGCUUUGUGAAAGCUGUUUUGAGGCAGAGGAAAAACUUGAUGAUAAGUAUCGACACCCCAUCAGUACUAGGGAAAAGCAUGUUCUUUAUCCUGUUCUGAUAACCGAUGUACCUACAGAUACCAAGGAUAAAGAUGAGAUCCUUGAAAGUGAGUUCUUUGACACCAGGCAAGCAUUUUUGAGCCUUUGUCAAGGAAACCAUUAUCAACAUGACACCCUGCGCCGAGCGAAGCAUUCCUCGAUGAUGGUCCUCUAUCAUCUUCAUAAUCCAACUGAACCUGCAUUUGUUUCAACGUGCAACAACUGCCAGCAUGACAUUGAGGCUGGUCAGGGAUGGCGUUGUGAGGUCUGUCCUGAUUAUGACAUAUGCAAUGCUUGUUAUGAAAAGGGGGGUGGUGCAAAUCAUCCUCAUAAGUUGACUGCCCAUCCCUCCUCGGCAGACCGUGAUGCACAGAAUAAGGAGGCUCGACAGGAACGUGUUUUACAGCUUCGGAGAAUGCUGGACCUUCUGGUGCAUGCCGCUCAGUGCCGUUCUCCCCAAUGCCAAUAUCCAAAUUGUCGCAAGGUUAAGGGCCUGUUCCGUCACGGGAUCCAGUGCAAGGUCCGUGCCUCAGGUGGUUGUCCACUGUGCAAGAAAAUGUGGUAUCUCCUUCAAUUGCAUGCUCGUGCUUGCAAAGAGUCCCAGUGCCAUGUUCCUCGUUGCAGGGAUUUGAAGGAGCAUCUUAGAAGGUUGCAGCAGCAGUCUGAGUCUCGGCGAAGAGCUGCAGUUAUGGAGAUGAUGAGACAACGAACCUCUGAGGUUGCUAGGGGCAUGGGUUAAAUUUUUUUGUGCAUAUAUUGUGUCAUUAAAAAUAAUAGAAGAAGAACAAGGCUGCUUUCAUGUCCGUUUUGCUUGGAGAAUUGUCAGAAAACAAUCGCCAGAAAGCUGCCAUUAGCUCACCGGUCCAUUGGAUUAUUCAAAGAUGAGCACAAGUUGCCAGUUGCAGUUCUCAAUGAAAGCUUCAGUUUUGCCAGCAAAACCCUGAUGCAGUGGAGCAAGGAUGAAUAACUUGUGCCUGCAAGGGCCGACCUCUUCUUUGAUUGUUUGGUGAAAGUUUUGGACAAGGUAUCAUUCUGCUGAGACUAUCUGUAUUCUCAUAAGAUCAGGGUUUCAAAAGUCAGGCCCGCUCAACUCGAGUGCCCCAACUCGAGUAGGUUUUGGGGGUGUCUGACUUGAAACAAUACCACAAAUCUCAGGAAAGCUUAGUCCCCAAUUAUUAUCAGAAAACUGAAAAGGUCAAAAGGCUUUUUCGUUAACUCUUGACUGAACUGACCGACGCAAGUCGGUAUACCUCGACUCAAAACUGACUUUCUAAACAUUGGUUAGAAGUUUUUGAAGGGUCUCACCCCUAAUGUCGAUUGAGGUGAUUCUUUGAAUUUUGUCUUUGUACCCCAGUUCUUGUUUCUUUCUCUGUUGAAGGAGUGUAACAUAUAUCCCUUAAUUUGUUAGUCUAGUCUUCUGAGAGAUUUCAUUUGAGUGUUUGGGGGCCUUGGCCUUUUGGACCCAGCUCUUUUCUGCAAAGAAACAAUAAGAUGGAAUAUGUUGUAAACAAGAAUCACUGAGAUAUACUACAUUGUGAGCAGAUGGUUUGGGUUAGAGUUUCGCUAUAUACAGUUUCCAAUGUCUUGGCCGCGGUAAGAGCCAUGCUUUGCAUUUUAUGGA